AUGAGCUGCAGCCGACUUCGACAGAUUCAGAACAUUCUGACAGAGAGCAACAAAUCCCAGCCAGAUGGCAUCCUGUGCAUCUUGGGGAUUGAUAGCCGAUACAAUGAAGGAUGCCGGGAACUAGCGAACUAUCUUCUCUUUGGCUUGUACAGCCAGAACAACAAUGACUUUGAAAAAUCAGGAUUUCCUGAAGAAGUCCUUGAUGAUGUGAUCCUGCUAAUUAAACCAGACAGCGUCCAUCUGUACUGCAACCCUGUCAACUAUAACUAUCUUUUGCCAUACGUAGCAUUUUGGAGAAAUCUGCAUUUCCACUGCCUGACUGAAAAUGAGUAUGAAGAUGAAGAGGCUGCUGAAGAAUUUAAAAUUUCCAGCUUUGUAGAUAUGGUUCGAGAUUGUAGCCGGAUCGGCAUUCCCUUCAGCUCACAAGGUCACCUGCAGAUAUUUGACAUGUUUGUGGUGGAAAAGUGGCCAAUAGUGCAAGCCUUUGCUCUAGAGGGAAUCGGCGGGGAUGGUUUCUUUACCAUGAAAUACGAGUUGAUGGAUGUCAGUCUGGAUCUCUGGAAAGCCUACAGUAAAGUGGACCCCAUUUCUUUGGAGAGUUUAUUUGAUGAGGAUUUGAUGACUUUUGAACAUCAGUGGACCAACUUCUUUGCCAAUUUUGACACUGAAAUUCCUUUCAUUCUAGAACUGUCAGAGUCUCAGACAGGGGAGCCGUUCCGAAGUUACUUUAGCCAUGGAAUGAUUUCAAGCCAUAUAACAGACAACAGCCCCAGUAGGCAGCCGUUUGCGCUCUUUGGCACCCACUCGUCAAGAGAAAACCUGAAUUCGGGCAAUUUCAGUUUCCCCUCGGAAGGGCAUCUGCUUCGCAACACUGGCCUGGGUGGGAGCAUUGCCAAGCACAUGGUAGUGCAGUGUGUCUCUCCCAAGGGACCUCUGGCUUGCUCUAGGACGUAUUUCUUUGGAGCCACCCACACACCUUACCUUGGGAACGAUGAUGAGUUGGAAAAGAAACCCGAAGAAGUCAAACUGUUAUCUCAGAUCUAUUCUGCUGUGGUAGAGGCUGUCUUGGCUGGUAUAGACACCUUCUCAAAAAUGUCCAAUAUUACGAAGGCAAAAGAAGUAGCAGAGAAAGUGUUUUUCAAUAUGCUUGACACCUUUGAACUUUCAUGCUUUAAAACUCCACUACGCACGAGGAUAGAUUUUUGGAUUCAAGCUGUGAACAACCACGGAAGAAUUAUUCCAGUGGAUAACAAGGACAGCCUGUACUUGGUUAAAACGGUAACCAUGGCUGUCUACGACAUCCCGGAUCUGCUUGCCGGAAGAGGCUGCCUGGGAUCGGUCGUCUUCUCAGAAUCCUUCCUGACAUCGCAGAUUCUUGUGAAGGAAAAAGAUGGCAGUAUUAACACAGAAACCAGUUACAUCAUUCUCACUGCAGCUAUUCGAAGAUCGGUGUCUUGGCUGGUUGAAGAUAAUGAAGUGAAGCUGUCAGAACAGGCCCAGCAAAUCCUGAAGAAAGAAGAAUCUUUCCUGGGUACUCUGCUGACUGGAGGUGAUGGAGCCCACAUUGUUGCUAGCAAUUCACUCUGUAGACCGGAGGAAGGAAAGCUCUAUUUCUUUUCGGAGGGUCUCUUGUUUUGUCAUCCCCACUGCGGUAGCAUUACCAUCUCCAAGGCACACAUGGUGUCCGUCCAAUUCUACGAUGGGGAUUCCACCACUGUUGUCGCUGCCCUCUUUAUAGAAUACAAGCCUUCCCUGCUUCCUCAUUUGCCAGUCCAGCUCCACACCCCAAACAACUUCCUGAUGAUUGCACUUUUCCCAAAGUCAACACUUUACAAAGCUUUCUAUUCCCAGGUCUUUUCUGCCUGGCAACAGCGGGGGAACUCAGGAAUAAUGUUAAAAAUGAUCCAAGAUGGCUGCCUGACUGCAGAACAGGAGAGAUUGCAUUCCAGCAUGCAGAAGCUCUUUGAUGUCUUAUCCUGUCCCACUGGGGAAAGAUGGAGCCAACUAAGACUGCUUACUAGCCUCCCAGAUCUGGGCAGUUUUCUACAGCACUUUACCAUCAGUAGCGUCAGCCCAGAGCCGGUGAUGAGAUUCCAUCUGCCGGUGCUCCUGCAGCAAACCGAUGCCAUUUCUGAUAAUGUGACGGAGAACGAUAAGGUGGUGAUCACCAUCUUGACAGGUCUUCCUGGAUGCCAGUCAAGUGAGCUAUGUUCAUUCUUGGUCACUUUUAACAAAGAAUAUGGAAGAUGGCUUGUUUAUCGCCAAACUAUGGACAGUGCUGAAUGCUUCAGUGCUGCCCACUUCCAGAAGUAUCUGUCAAGCGUCCUUGAAUCUCAGCACAGCCGAAGCACCCGGCCCUCUGCUUAUCAUAGGAAGAAAAUGAGGCUGCUGGUGGUUCUCCAGGGAUACACCGACGUGAUUGAUGUUGUGCAGGCCCUUCAGACUCACCCAGAUGCCGACGUGAAGGCCUCCUUUGUCAUUGGUGCAGUCACGACGUGUGUCGAGCCCCUUAGCUCUUACAUGGAACACAGGUUUCUUUUCCCCAAGUUUCUGGACCAGUGUUCACAAGGUUUAGUGAGUAACGUGGUAUUCACAAGCCAUACCUCCGAACAGAGAAGCCCGCUCCUCGUUCAGCUUCAGAACCUCAUCCGAGCCGCAAACUCUUCCGUUUCUUUUAUCCUGGCAGAAAAUGGCGUCGUAACUAGAAAUGAAGACAUUGAACUUAUCCUCUCUGAAAACAGCUUCUCAAACCCCCAGAUGUUGGCAGCUCGCUACUUAAUGUACCCUGGCUGGUUUGAUGGGAAAUUUAGAGCUGGUUCUGUCUUUCCCCCCAUGGUCCAAAUCUGUGUGUGGUUUAACCGCCCUUUGGAGAAAAUGCGGUUUGCAGCAAAAUGUAAAGCUUUGAAGUCCACAAACAAGUCAAGUCCGUUCUCUGGAAACAUAUACCACAUUUUUGGCAAAGUCAAGUUUUCAGAUUCCGAUCGCAUGGUUGAAGUCUGCCACCACACAUCUUCCAACACCUUAAGCCUGGUACCUCUCCAGGAGGGGCCCACCCCUUCCCCUCCUGACUCUAGAACCGACAGCCGGGACCACCCCGGAUCUCAGGAGUGUUUCCUGGUGUUUGUCGGCUGCUCCCUCAAGGAAGAUGACAUGAAGGACUGGCUGAGGCAGACGGCCAAACAGAAACCACAAAGAAAAGCUUUGAAGACUCGGGGCAUGCUGACUUCACAGGAGAUCAAGAACAUUCAUGUAAAACGGCACUUAGAUCCACUUCCAGCUGGCUACUUCUACAAUGGGACCCAAUUUGUGAAUUUCUUUGGAGACAAGAUGGAUUAUCAUCCAUUAAUGGACCAGUUCAUGAAUGACUACUUGGAAGAAGCAAACCGUGAGAUUGAAAAGUACAACAGAGAACUGGAGGAGCAGGAGUAUCACGACCUCUUUGAACAGAAGACCUAACUCAGAAGCCAUGUGCGGUAUUGAAAAGUCACAGAGACUUUCUUUAAAUUCUGAAUUAUUUGUCACCAAGAAACACUUUUCAUCUUUGCUGGCUUUAGCUGGUCUUUUAAUAUUUAAGUUGCAUUCACAUUAGGUUGGCAUCUGAAAAUGUGAUACUGUCCAGUAAUAUUUGUGGGCUGGUAUAUUUCCAAAUCUGUGUUGAGUUCAGUAAUCUAGAACACAUUGGCAUAUUAUGGAAAAGUGAUGUAGGAACCUUUCAUUUCAACAGUUCACAGAGCUGUAUUUCCUAUGUCAUCAAGCUGGUCCUUAAUGUUGCUUUUCUGAUGUCCCCAAAAUGCCUUUGCUUAUGUUUAGUGAUAAACAUAAUCAGGGUCUGUGAUUGUAUAGCAGCCCUAUGUAUUCCUGAAGAAAAAAAUGAGGGAAGCACAUCUGUUUGUAAAGACUACAUGGUGAUUUGGGGUACUGUUCCUACAGUGAGAAAUGGGGGAAUGUAAAUGAUCUUGACAGCUACCCCAAACCAACGUGUGAUGGUUUGAAGAUGUUCCUAAAGUGAAAAAUAGGGGAACAUAUCUGUUCUUAAACAGAUAUGCUACUAACCAACUUGGUAGCUUGGCUGGUGUUCCUAAAGCGAGAAAUGGGGGAACACACAUGAUCUCGACAGCUGCCCCAAACCAACAUGUGACGGUUUGAAGAUGUUCCUAAACCGAGAAAUGGGGGGACAUAUCUGUUCUAAAGAACUGCUACUAACCAACAUGUGAUGGUUUGAAGAUGUUCCUAAAGUGAGAAAUGGGGGGACAUAUCUGUUCUAAAGAGCUGCUACUAACCAACAUGUGAUGGUUUGAAGAUGUUCCUAAAGCGAGAAAUGGGGGAACAUACCUGUUCUGAAGAACUGCUGCUAACCAACAUGGUGGCUUGGGGUGGUGUUCCUAAAGCGAGAAAUGGGGGAACACAAAUGAUCUCAACAGCUGCCCCAAACCAACAUGUGACAGUUUGAAGAUGUUCCUAAAGCGAGAAAUGGGGGAACAUACCUGUUCUGAAGAACUGCUGCUAACCAACAUGGUGGCUUGGGGUGGUGUUCCUAAAGCGAGAAAUGGGGGAACACAAAUGAUCUCAACAGCUGCCCCAAACCAACAUGUGACAGUUUGAAGAUGUUCCUAAAGCGAGAAAUGGGGGAACAUACCUGUUCUGAAGAACUGCUGCUAACCAACAUGGUGGCUUGGGGUGAUGUUCCUAAAGCGAGAAAUGGGGGAACACAGAUUAUUUCAACAGCUGCCCCAAACCAACAUGUGAGGGUUUAAAGAUAUUUCUAAAAUGAGAAAUGGGGGAACAUACCUGUUCUGAAGGACUGCUACUAACCAGCAUGGUGGCUUGGGGUGGUGUUCCUAAAGCGAGAAAUGGGGGAACACUAAUGAUCUCAACAGUUACCCCAAACCAACAUGUAAGAGUUU